AUGGGCUUCUUGUUUGCCUCCUCGACGACUGCCACCUUCUUGGCUAUGUCCACACACUGCAUGUUCAGCGCCCGCUCGAGCUACCCGAUUUUAAAUCUUCGGAAAAUGCAGGCUCUACGGACAACCGCGAACACUAUUCCGCGGACCUUGGGGCAAUCCGCGAGAGUCUCCCGUUCAUGCAUCGGCUUCGCCGCAUCCGACUGUUCCGCAGCUGCAGCAUACGAGGUGCUUAGAAUGCUGCCGGAUGAUCAGCAAUAUGAAGUCAUUAUCGACCAUCUCUACACAGCUUCACCAUGGCCAGACCUGAUCCAAGCAACCACUGCUAUGGCUUCUCUUGGUAAACGCCAUCAGCUCGCACUCGGAGCGUUCGGCGCACCUCCCUUCAAAUACCCCGAGUCCGAUCAAGCCACCUACGAUGCGAUAUCAAGAGCCGUGGCCGUAGAUCUACACAUGGCCUGGCUGUCUGGUGACUCGAGUAUAGAUGACUCAAAGACGCCACAUUUGGAAAAAAGCCCUGCAUGGGUUGAGUUGCGACUGACUAUCGCGCGGCGAGCUUUCGAUGUCCCACGCCGCUCAAUAGACGAUUUAAUCUCACCAGUGAUACCGUGGGCGAAUCUUCGGAGACUCUCCAUCGAAUGGGAAUUUGCCGCGCCCAUCAACGAAUUCAUCUAUCUGACUGCUCCUCGGCUCGUCCAACUUCAGGCCCUGCGCCUCCAUGCAGACCCAUGGCACUACCACCCAACAUGCAGCUACGCAGAAGCUCCAGGCAUGAGAGUUGAAAAUGAGACGGAUCGCACAUUCGCGAUCGACUUCAAGGAGAUGCCCGAGCUGCGAGAGCUGGAAAUUGAUGGGAUCUGCAACCACAUCCCCAUUACGGAUCUGGUGGGCAAAAACCUCCGCCGCCUCCGGCUACAUUGUGAGGAUUCCCGAUCUUCGGUCCACAGCAAGCAGAGCCAGCGUAGCCACACUGACAUCCUGACGGCGGCAAAAGUCGCACCCAAGCUCGAGCGGCUGGAGUUGGACAUCGGCUACAUCGAGCAUCUGUGGCAUCCCACAGCGAUCCCCGGGGUGGACGUGCACGUGGAACAAUACGCCUUUCUGAACGCCCUUACCAAGUUCCGGCACCUGCGAUUCCUGCGCCUAUUCCCUCCCUUCAUCGCCAGCUCCUGCCUGCGCAUCGAGUGGCGCGUGCAACAUUGCGUACCGGUCUCCGACAAUCAGGCGAUCCGCAUCUUCGAUCAACUGCACAGAGAACUGCCCUCGUUACAACUGCUGUCCAUCGCCGCCGCCCCAUCCUUUGUCGAUAUCGACACCAUGUAUUGGCAGGUCACACGCCAAGGGGACCAGACCGUCCUGACGACCGGCCACCGGGCGCGGAACUACAAACACUGCCAAACCUGGAUUGGCCAUCGGAGAAUGCGCAGCGAAAUCAAGCGCUUCAACACCCCGCAGAUAUACCUGCCGGACUCUGACGGGUGGAUGCUCACGCGCAAUGAUCUCCAUGAUGUCAAACAGGCUUCGUUUGGCGGGCGAUGGUGGGAUGAUCGAUAA